AUGUCGGUUAUUGGCGAGGCGAGCCGGUCCCAGCGAGUUGGGGUGGCUAGCUUGAACCGUUUUAUGCUAGUAAACCGGCGACUGUGCGUGCCAUCGAGCAAGACGGAUGAUAGGGAGAUCUGGGCUGGUGAUUGUCGAUGGCGAAAUGUAGGGACAUUCUCCGCGUGUCAGCAGUCUCUUGUGCGGUUGCAAAGGCAGAUCCGAUUUGGACGAUGUCACCUUUCCAACAUGAGGUAA